UGAGAGGAGCAGUGAGAGGUGCAGGUGCAGGCCCAAGGAGAGGGCAAGGUAGAGGUGUAAGAAUGCGUGGUGGUGGCAUUCCAAGGGCUGCAAGAACAGUAGUCAGUGAUGAAAUUCGUGCCACUAUCAUUGACCAUGUAAUCAACCACGGUCUCUCACUAAGAGAGGCUGGUGAAAGAGUCCAACCCAAUUUGAGUCGGUCAACGGUUGCCUCCAUUAUUCGCAUCUUUCAACAAACCAACAGGUAAGUAUUGCAUUUUACAUGGUUUGUUUCUAUUCUCAUUUGACAUGUCAAUAAGGUCAUACAGUAAUGCAUAUGUUGAUAUUUUUAUUUUUCUCUACAGAAUGCAACAUCUUCCACCCUCUGGGGGAAGAGGAAAGCUCCUCAAUAAUGAUCAAGAGCUUGCCAUUGUAGAAAUGGUUGUUGCAAAUAAUGUGGAGGACCAUGAGAUAUUUGCCAAUAUAGAAAGCAUCAGCCUCACAACCAUUACGCGGACAUUGUCCAAACACCGAGUGCGGAUGAAGCAGCUCUACACUGUUCCCUUUGAAAGGAACAGUGAGAGAGUCAAGGAGCUACGACGACAAUAUGUCCAGAGAGUUAUGGAAUUGGAAGCCAACCAGGCCCCUCAUGAAUUCAUUUACAUCGAUGAGGCAGGAUUCAAUCUGUCCAAAAGGCGUCGACGUGGACGAAAUAUAAUUGGAAAAAGGGCCAUAGUUGAUGUGCCAGGACAGAGAGGGGCAAACAUUACUAUGUGUGCAGCAAUGGCAAAUAUAGGAUUACUCCUUCACAGAUGCCAGGUUGGACCUUAUAAUACUGAGCGCCUCCUUGCGUUUCUUAAUGAUCUCCACCAGCGCCUGGUACCAGAGCAGGGUCAGGAGGGUGAAAACAUGAGGACCUUUGUAAUUACCUGGGACAAUGUUGCUUUCCAUCAUUCACAAGCAAUAACAGCAUGGUUUGAAGUCCACCCAGUACUGGUGAGUCUCUUCCUUCCACCCUAUUCACCUUUCCUCAACCCCAUAGAGGAGUUCUUUUCUGCAUGGAGGUGGAAGGUUUAUGACCAUCAGCCACAUGACCAGAUGUCCCUACUUGAAGCCAUGGAUGCUGGAUGCAGGGAUAUCACAGUUCAAGAUUGCCAAGGGUGGAUCCGACAUACCAAGCGGUUUUAUCCCAGGUGCAUCGCCUUAGAUGAUAUCAGAUGUGAUGUUGACGAAAACAUGUGGCCUAACCCUGAAGAUCUCAGGGAUUAGAUACAUAAAUUUUGUGCCAUUUUUAGUUCCCCCCCUUUUUAUUUGGGCUUUUUGCUGUUUUUUUUUGGUCAGAAUGCUCUUGUG